AACCUGACCGGCCACGUCGAGAGGGUGGGCAUCGAGAACUUUGAGCUGCUAAAGGUGCUGGGAACUGGAGGUGAGUGACAGUUCUAAAAGCCAAUCCAAUGCUGGAAAGUUGUCACUGAUUUUGAGGAGGUGCAUUCAUUUUAUCUCGCCUGGGGGGUGUGGGUGGGUGGGUGGUUUUGAAAACUCUGCCCAUCCAGUGCUCCAGGUGAGCUACAAAUGCACUGAAUGCUUUUGGCUGCUGACUUUUUAAUGUUUUUCUUUCCUCUCUCUCUCAGCCUAUGGCAAGGUGUUCCUGGUGCGCAAAGUGAGCGGUCACGAUGCAGGGCAACUAUACGCCAUGAAGGUGUUGAAGAAGGCCACGAUAAUACAGAAGGCCAAGACGGCAGAACACACACGCACAGAGAGACAGGUUCUGGAACACAUCAGACAAUCACCGUUCCUCGUUACCCUCCACUACGCCUUCCAGACGGACACCAAGCUGCACCUCAUACUAGGUCUGGAUCUCUGUCUCUCUCCUCUCUCUCCUCUUCUCUUUUUGUCUCUCUCGCUCUGUCUUUACAGAGAGUUGUUAUUUUACAAUGAAGACAUGAAUAUGAAGUAUGUGAAGUACGAAUGUCAAGUAGCAGAAUGCAAGAUUGUUACGAAAGAAAUUCAGCAUUAUCAGUGAGACUUUUCACCUGCCUUACAGUGAACUGAACUGACCCAUUUGAAUUCUAGAAUUAUACCGGCAAUGUUGAAAUGUAAUAUCACGGGAGUUAAGACAACCUGGCUUGUUCAUACCGGUUUCAUUAUUAUUAUUAUGAUUGUUAUUAUGACAGAUUAUGUGAACGGUGGGGAGCUGUUCACACACCUGGUGCAGAGGGUUCGGUUCAAAGAGCAGGAGGUAGCUUUGUACAGUGGAGAGAUAGUCCUGGCACUGGAGCAUCUACACCAGGUGAGUGUGGGUACUUGUAGACCAGUGUGGGUACUUGUAGACCAACACUUCAUUCAGUUUUGACAAUCCUCAACUUCAUUAAGGUACAAUCGUUUUGGAGUUGUAGCCUAAAUGCAGCUGCAAAUGGUGCAGUUUCCUAGAAAUCCUUCAUCAUACUGUGUUAUCACAACUGUCAUAUUUUAAGGGCCGGUUUCCUGGACACAGAUUAAGCAUAGUCCUGGCCUAAAAAGCUAUUUCACUGGAGAUUCUCCAUGCUUUUUAGUCCAGGACUAUGCUUAAUUUGUGUCUGCGAAACCAUCCCUCAAAUACAUUCUGGAAUAAUCGCUGAUUCUACAUUGUUGUCGUAGUCGAGCCUUGUAAUCGCCUGACUGUUUUCUAGCUGGGGAUAGUCUACAGAGACCUGAAGCUGGAGAACAUCCUCAUGGACUCCAGCGGGCACAUAGUGCUCACAGACUUUGGCCUCAGCAAAGAGUUUGAUGAGGUAUGUAUUACAGAUUAUGUAUGGAGCAACAGGCCUACCCAUACAUCCAUAUGAACAUUAUGACACAUGGAAGACUUGUGCUUGUAGUGUUGUACUUUAAAAUGGUUAGACUACUUAUAGUAUUAGGGUGCAUUCACACCCGCGACGCAUCCCUCGCAGAGUUAAUGGAUUAGUAGGGCUGGGCGAUGUACCUUAUUUGACUAUAUGCCGGUAUUGUUGCAUGGACCGGUUUGGGUUUUUACUAGGGCUGGGAAUUGCCAGUGACCUCCACAAUACGAUAUUAUCAUGAUACUUAGGCGCCGAUACGAUAUGUAUUGCGAUUCUCACGAUUCUAUAUGUAUUGCAAUUCGAUACUGUGAUUUUUAUUGCGAUUCGAUGUUCUAAACAUAUUGCUCACCAUAUGUCCGUUGCAGAGGGACAAGAGAGAGCCAUGAGAAAACGAGUUUUGGAAUCAAAACGGAAAAAUUUUCAAAAUGGAAAGAAAAGUGCUAGGGGCGGAGUUAGAAAGUUGGCUGUCAGAAGUAUUACAAUGUAAAUUUACUUUUAAUCCGUCUGUCUGCAUAUUUCAAGACAUGGCAUAUGAGCAUGCAGUGAGCUACCCGAUGGGUUGGAUGAUACUUUUCUCAUCAAUCACCUUGAAAAAAGAUGGGCUUAAACUGGAAAUCAACCAAUCCUCCAUCGUUAACACAAUGGAAAGGUCAAAUGCUUUAUUAUCUAAAUGUUGAAAGUGCGUGGGCGACAAAGAGAAACAAAAUGGGAGCAGUUUGAGGCCAUGUGGCGGAGAGUGAUGUGGGUGCUGGAGAUGGGGGUGUGAGCAGGUGGGUCUUGGCAGGUGUGAUGUCGUUGAUGUUUGUGUACGUUUGUAUGCUGUCGGUUGUAUGUGUAUGUUUUGUAUUGUAAAUAAAUAAAAAUUACUAAAAUUAAAAUAAAAUAAAACAUGCUGAAAGCAAAUUGGCUCCCUAUUUUAAAAAAAAGAUGGAGAACAAGCUAUGAAGGAAAAAUAAAGACGUUUUGGUGCAGGUACAGCCAACUAGAGAGAAAAUAAUAUUGCGACAUUGUCAAAACGAUACAUUGUCAAAAAUAAUAUCCUGAUAUGUAAUUGUAUCAAAUUUUUUCUCCAAUGACUAGUUUUUACUUUACCUUCUAUAACGGUAUUUCAAUGUUUGGUAUGUUAAGUGUUAUAUGCAACUAUGGCGGGUGUAAUGUCACAGUUGUUGUUGCUCGACCAUGGAGUCACGAGCACUUCACUUCCUGUUCACUCUGCAGUCUGCAUGGUCAGACGCAACAAGAUGUUGGUGACAACAAUGCUGCUUUCAAAGCCUGCUAUAAAUACACUAUUAGUUUGUGUAUCUUUACAGUCAGAAAACAUUAGUUAGCCACUAAUGCUAAUCACUAGUUAGCUAGCUAGCUAAAAGUAAUCAGAGUCAGACCAAACGUAGCUACACUGUAGCUAAUAUACAGCCUGAUACCAGUUCUGGCGUAGGCCUAGAUCACUAUGUUGUUUGUGCAAUGGUAUCUUCUAAAUCAGAGAGGAAUAGGCAAAGCAUGAAUAUGUUAGCUAGCUAGCUACAUCAAGUAAGAGAAUACACAUGUAAUGUAACAUCGUAUAUGUACAUUAUUAUAUGUGUUAUUAUAUAUUACAUUAUUAUAUGUGUACAGGUGCAGUGAUCGGUAAGCUGCUCUGACAACUGACGCUUAAAGUUAGUGAGGGAGAUAAGUGUCUUCAGCUUCAGAGAUUUUUGCAGUUCGUUCCAGUCAUUGGCAGCAGAGAACUGGAAGGAAUGGCGGCCAAAGGAGGUGUUGGCUUUGGGGAUGACCAAUGAGAUUUACCUGCUGGAGCGCAGACUAUGGGUGGGUGUUGCUAUGGUGACCAGUGAGCUAAGAUAAGGCGGGGAUUUGCCUAGCAGUGAUUUAUAGAUGACCUGGAGCCAGUGGGUUUGGCUACGAAUAUGUAGUGAGGGCCAGCCAACAAGAGCGUACAGGUCACAAUGGUGGGUAGUAUAUGGGGCUUUGGAGACAAAACGGAUGGCACUGUGAUAGACUACAUCCAAUUUGCUGAGUAGAGUGUUGGAGGCUAUUUUGUAAAUGACAUCGCAGAAGUCAAGGAUCGGUAGGAUAGUCAGUUUUAUGAGGGCAUGUUUGGCAGCAUGAGUGAAGGAGGCUUUGUUGCGAAAUAGGAAGCCAAUUCUAGAUCUAACUUUUGAUUGGAGAUGCUUAAUGUGAGUCUGGAAGGAGAGUUUACAGUCUAACCAGACAACUUUGGUUCCUACGCUGUCACAAUAAUUCCUCUCUGGCUUAUUUAUUUGUUGUCAUGUCAAACAACAAUGUAUUCAACGUGCUGCCCAUUGUUGGAGACUAUCUGACUUGAGCCCGUUUUAAUUACAUAAUGAGCCCGUUUAUAACUGCGUAAUCAGCUUAUUAGUCGUAAUAACUUGGACCUUGUGUGUCGUUAUUGCAGUGACAAGGGGAAGGAAGUACAGAACGUUUCUGUCUCUCCAGACAUGUUCUUGCUUUUCUGUAUAUUAAUAUUUCUAAGGAAGUAGUUUAAAGGCAACUGUCGAGUGUCAGUUCCUGACAAGCUAGGCUAGUCUCUGUGGAACUAGGGUAAGGAGAGAUGUGGAACUCAACAUCAAGGUCAAGGUGAGGACAACAGUUAAAGAGAGACUGAACCUCUGGGAGGGGGGCAAUAGGGGCCCACCUAACAACACUCUUAACUGAAGUCUUAUCUCUCUCACUCACUCACACACACACACACACACACACAUCCCCACCCAUGAAGGUUUUGGGCUCAGGCUGGGCCACGACAAUACCAAUGAGAGGAACCGACUAGGUUCCUGCCCAGCAACAGAGAAUGACUGUUUAUUUUAGACAUACAAGGAGAUGACUCCACCUAGUCGGAUGACAUAAAUAUGUGCUUGUGUGUCUUGUAUGUUGUGUUAUGCAGCUGCGACAUCCUGUUGGGUGUAAUACAUUUAGUUUGAGCUUCCUUUGGGGUCCGUCUGGAUUUGUACCAGAAUUUAGAACCAAACACAACUAUAUUCCAACUAUUGAAUUACAAUAAUCACUCUAUUUCCAUGAUUUCAAUAGUUGACCAAUAAACUACUGUAGACCUAGCUUUGUUGACCAUAUCUAUCAUGUAGCCCUACGUGACACGGUGUGGAAAUGAUAACAAAAGUGCAGGAAAUUCAGAAGUUGAUAGAUUAUUUUGGGUUGGAUUGAACAUUAUAAAACAAUCAGAAUGGAGAAUGCUCCAUUAAAAUCACUUAUAUUUUGUACGUUGCCACCCUAGGGUUCUUAAUAUUUAGAACUUUUAUUAUUCAAAAACACGGUCAAAUACUGUCAUACCGUCCAAAAUCAAAAGAUAUAUUGUGAUAUGAUACUUUGGCCAUAUCGCCCAGCCCUACAGAGGAGUAUGUGCUAUAUUGUUAUUUAUUUAUUUUUUUAGCCCUUUUUCGUGGUAUCCAAUUAGUAGUUACAGUCUUGUCCCAUCGCUGCAACUCCCGAACGGACUCGGGAGAGGCGAAGGUCGAGAACUGUACGUCCUCCGAAACACAACCCUGCCAAGCCGCACUGCUUCUUGACACAAUGCCCGUUUUAACCCGGAAGCGAGCCGCACCAAUGUGUCGGAGGAAACACCGUACACCUGGCGACUGAGUCAGCGUGCACUGCGCCCGGCCCGCCACAGGAGUCGCUAGUGCGCGAUGGGACAAGACUAUUUUGUCAAAAGUUACGCAAUGCCAAGCCCCUUGACAGACAUUUCUUCUCUCUUCUACUUAUGGAUGAGUGUUUAUGCUAGCACAGACACCAGACCACCCAGUAUCUGCAUGUGCAUGUUUAUGUCUGUCUGGAUGUUUGAUUCAGUGGUUCUGAUAUAUGUCCAGCCCACUUGAAAAUAUGUUUUGCAGCCAGUGCUUAUGCAGUGUAUGUGUCCCAAAUGGCACCCUGUUCCCCAUAUAGUGCACUGCUUUUGACCAGGGCCCAUUGGGAAUAUGGUACCAUUUGAGACGCAACAAUUCUUUAUGAUCGUUUUUGGCAGUCUAUAUACACAUUCUGUAUGAUGGUUAUGUAGUGUAUACAGCCUCUGUAUGACCAUCAUUAUAAGAUCACGGUUAGAUGUCCCUGUUCUGUGGUGCUUGCUAGGUUUUUCUUCACAACAAUUACUUAUUUUCUACCUGAACUGAUCAAAUGUGUCCUAGUUUCAAGCUUCCUUCCUGUCCAAUCCUAGUGUGUCUGAAAAUGUCAGUGAUUAGUAAACAAGAAAUAAAGAGCGGGAAAAAUCUCAUCUUGCUAUGGUAUUUCAAUGUUUUGACUGCGUGUGUUGUUCCCCAGUUGGAGAGGGCUUACUCUGUCUGUGGCACCAUUGAGUACAUGGCCCCAGAGAUCGUAGAGGGAGGAGAGGCUGGCCAUGACAUGGUAAUUCAUCAUUUAGAACCCCCAGUGGUGUUAUACUACCUGUUCUACUGUUCCUGACCCAAAUGCACAUGGUACACAGGUAAUCAUAGGUCUAGCUCACUAAUAACUGGGUGUAGUCUGCUGCACACCUGUAAGAGCUGCCUCCGGUGUCUUUGGUGCUGUUCCAAGCUGCCUAUGUUGAAUCAUUUGCACAACGCAUCUGCAAUGUAGGCAGCCUGGAACGCCACCUUUGUCACAUGGCAUGUAUAGCAUGAGCUGUAUAUAAUAUUAAUAAUACAAACUUUAUUCAUCCAUGGAAUAUCUACCCGUGUUCCAGGCAGUAGACUGGUGGAGCCUUGGGGUAUUGAUGUAUGAACUUAUGACAGGCGGAUCACCAUUCACCGUCGAUGGAGACGAGAACUCUCACACAGAUAUCGCCAAGUAAGCAUUCUCCUAGAUCUAUCUCCUAACACAGUGGUCACCAACCGGUCGAUCGCGAGGCAUUUCUAGUCGAUCACCAAACAUUUCUGUUUGUGUUAGGUGCACUUGAUUCAGCAGCCCUAGCGCAGGGGAAGGCAAAGUGUUCCCAUUUUGAACCAUUUCAUGUGUCUGAAGGUAGAACUCUACCCUACCCAGCAGGCCCAGAGAGCAAAUAAAGUGCACCUAUAGGCCUGCCGCUGGCCAAUCAGAUAGCUCAGAUCACCAUGUCUGCUUAGUUUCCUCGAACAAUAGACUGUAAAAAGAAGCCUCGAGCGCACAGCAAAGUUGAUACUGUGAUAUUUAAAAACUUCUAAAACAAUGACUAGAGAGACUCAAUGAAUACAGCAAAGAACUGAUGUUUUUAUGACUAAAUUAAUGUUUAAGUUGUUAUACAGCACUGUCAACACUUUGUUCAACACUUUUAUAAGCCAUACAAUGUGCGUUAUCCCUACUUUCACUCACUCUACAACCACCACUGCAGCAGCAAUGAAUGACUAUAGCAAAGUGUUUCGAUAAGCUUGCAUUUUCAUUAUUAUUGGCUUCUCUUUUUUAAUAUUGGGGAAUAUUUAACUUUCUCUGGUCAUAGGAGAAACAAUAUUAAUUGGUGCAUGAGGCAGAAAUAAUGCAGUGUGACUUAAGUUUCGCUAUCAGUUGGAAGACUGUGUCCCCUUUUCUCAACGGAGGGGACGGUGAGUCAGGUGAGAGGUAGCCAAAAUGCAGUAAUAAUAUAUUGGACCUAUAGCCUACUGCAUAGACCUCAUAUCUACAGAACUGUUUUUAAUAGGUUCAUGUUGCAUAGGCUUAUGUUUUUUAAGUCAUGUUUUUAAAAAAUUAUCUGAGUGGUAGAUCUCAGCUUGCAUUUUGACUCAACGUAAUCUUAACUCAGAAAAGGUUGGUGACCACUGUCCUAAUAUCUCCUAACAUGUGAACCCCAGGAAGAGUAGUGCUGCAUGAGCAUUAGCUAAUGGGGAUCCUAAUACACUAAACUAAACAUCCAUUUGAUUGCCUGGUUCUAUGGAAAACAAAAAUAUAUUUCACUUGUCCUUUUUACUCAGCAAUAAGUAGUUGGUGCCCAGCCAGUGUGUGUGUGUCUAAUCAAGUUGGGCUGAUCAAGGAAAAAAUAUGAAUUUCCAAGUACUCCAAGAAAACGGACAAUAAAGUAUUCUUCUAUAUCUGGCCUCUCAUAUAAAGCUUUAUCUGGAUUGUUGUUCUCCAUCUCUCUCUCUCUGGACUGUCUGUCAACCACUUUGGAAAUGUGUUUUCAUUCAUGCUUUCAUGUGUUAUUCUCUGGGAUCAAAUACACUUCUUGUUAAUGUAUGUCAGUCAGGGGUAUUCCAAUCUGAUCCUGGAGGCCCAGAGUACUGCUGGUUUUCUGUUCUACCUGGUGCCUCCGGUCUAAAUCAGUCCCUGAUUAGAGGGGGAGAAUGAACAUCAGCUGUGGAACUGGCUUCAAGGUUCAGAGUAGAAUUUGUCUGAUGUACAGUAUGUUUUAUCGUUUUUUACUAAUAAAAACAAAAUCCUAUCCAACCCUGACCUCUGUCACCUGUCAGGAGGAUCUUGAAGAAGGACCCUCCAUUCCCCAAAGACAUGGGCCCUCUGGCCAAAGACCUCAUCCGGGGCCUCCUCAUCAAAGACCCAAAGAAGAGACUGGGCUCAGGGCCUGACCGAGCUGACAACGUUAAGAAACAUCCAUUCUACCAGGUAGGAGAGCGAGGCAGUUCCUUAACUUCGUACCAGAGCUACAGUUGAAGUCGGAAGUUUACAUACACCUUAGCCAAAUACAUUUGAACUCAGAUUUUCACAAUUCCUGACAUUUAAUCCUAGUAAAAAUUCCCUUUCUUAGGUCAGUUAGGAUCACCACUAUAUUUUAAGAAUUUGAAAUGUCAGAAUAAUAGUAGAGAGAAUUAUUUAUUUCAGCUUUUUAUUUCUUUCAUCACAUUCCCUUCCCAGUGGGUCAGAAGUUUACAUACACUCAAUUAGUAUUUGGUAGCAUUGCCUUUAAAUUGUUUAACUUGGGUAAAACGUUUCAGGUAGCCUUCCACAAGCUUCCCACAAUAGGUUGGGUGAAUUUUGGCCCAUUCCUCCUGGCAGAGCUGGUGUAACUGAGUCAGGUUUGUAGGCCUCCUUGCUCGCACACGCUUUUUCAGUUCUGCCCACAAAUUUUCUAUAGGAUUGAGGUCAGGGCUUUGUGAUGGCCACUCCAAUACCUUGACUUUGUUGUCCUUAAGCCAUUUUGCCACGACUUUGGAAGCAUGAUUGGGGUCAUUGUCCAUUUGGAAGACCCAUUUGCCACCAAGCUUUAACUUCCUGACUGAUGUCUUGAGAUGUUGCUUCAAUAUAUCCACGUAAUUUUCCUUCCUCAUGAUGCCAUCUAUUUUGUGACGUGCACCAGUCCCUCCUGCAGCAAAGCAACCCCACAGCAUGAUGCUGCCACCCCCGUGCUUCACGGUUGGGAUGGUGUUCUUCGGCUUGCAAGCAACCCCCUUUUUCCUCCAAACAUAACGAUGGUCAUUAUGGCCAAACAGUUCUAUUUUUGUUUCAUCAGACCAGAGAACAUUUCUCCAAAAAGUACGAUCUUUGUCCCCAUGUGCAGUUGCAAACCGUAGUCUGGCUUUUUUAUGGCGGUUUUGGAGCAGUGGCUUCUUCCUUGCUGAGCGGCCUUUCAGGUUAUGUCGAUAUAGGACUCAUUUUACUGUGGAUAUAGAUACUUUUGUACCUGUUUCCUCCAGCAUCUUCACAAGGUCCUUUGCUGUUCUGGGAUUGAUUUGCACUUUUCGCACCAAGUUACGUUCAUCUCUAGGAGACAGAACGCGUCUCCUUCCUGAGCGGUAUGAUGGCUGCGUGGUCCCAUGGUGUUUAUACUUGCGUACUAUUGUUUGUUUGGAAAUUGCUCCCAAGGAUGAACAAGACUUGUGGAGGUCUAUAAAAAAAAAUCCUGAGGUCUUGGCUGAUUUUAUUUUGAUUUUCCCAUGAUGUCAAGCAAAGAGGCACUGAGUUUGAAGGUAGGCCUUGAAAUACAUCCACAGGUACACCUCCAAUUUACUCAAAUUAUGUCAAUUAGCCUAUCAGAAGCUUCUAAAGCCAUGACAUAAUUUUCUGGAAUUUUCCAAGCUGUUUAAAGGCACAGUCAACUUAGUGUAUGUAAACUUCUGACCCACUGGAAUUGUGAUACAGUGAAUUAUAAGUGAAAUAAUCUGUCUGUAAACAAUUGUUGGAAAAAUUACUUGUGUCAUGCACAAAGUAGAUGUCCUAACUGACUUGCCAAAGCUAUAGUUUGUUAACAAGAAAUGUGUGGAGGGGUUGAAAAACGAGUUUUAAUGACCUUAACCUAAGUGUAUGUAAACUUCUGACUUCAACUGUAUUUCCAUAGGCUGGUCGGAGAUCUGUUUGUGCUGUAUAGCCAACUCCUAUGGUCAUUGUCAUGACUAAUAACCUUAGUAGUUAGCUAUACAGCACAAACAGAUCUGGGACCAGGUUAGCAUCUCCUUUCUAACACAUCUUAGAAGGCCUUUUGGUUUUUUUCUGUGGCAUUUAGACAAAUUGAUACGUCGUAGGUUCAUUUGUAGGUUGUGUAUUGGUAGGACUACAUACCAUACAGUGUAUACAGUACCUUCGUAAAGUAUUCCACAUUUUGUUGUUACAAAGUGGGAUUAAAAUGGAUUUGUCAUUUUUUUGUCAACGAUCUAAACAUUAUCUAAUAUAUAUAUAUAUAUACACAUACACACACACACACAGUGCCUUCGGAAAGUAUUCAGACCCCUUGACUUUUUCCACAUUUUGUUACGUUACAGCAUUAUUCUAAAAUGGAUGAUGAUACCCCAUAAUGACAAAGCGAAAACAGGUUGGUAAUUAUUUUUCAAAUUUAUUAAAAUUAAAAAACGGAUACCUUAUUUACAUAAGAAUUCAUACCCUUUGCUAUGAGACACGUAAUUGAGCGCAGGUGCAUCCUGUUUCAAUUGAUCAUCCUUGAUGUUUCUAACCCAAUCUAACAUCUCUGGAGAGACCUGAAAAUAGCUGUGCAGCAACGCUCCCCAUCCAACCUGACAGCGCUUGAGGGGAUCUGCAGAGAAGAAUGGGAGAAACUCCCCAAAUACAGGUGUGCCAAGCUUGUGGCGUAAUACCCAAGAAGACUCGAGGCUGUAAUCGCUGCCAAAGGUGCUUCAACAAAGUACUGAUUAAAGGGUCUGAAUACUUAUGUGAAUGUGAUAUUUCAGUAAAAAAAAAAAUUGUAUAUAAAUUUGCACAAAUAUUUUUUUUACCUGUUUUUGCUUCAUCAUUAUGGGGUAUUUGGUGUAGAUUGAUUAGGGAAAAAAAACGAUUUAAUCAAUUUUAGAAUAAAGCUGUAACCUAACAAAAUGUGGAAAAAGUCAAGGGGUCUGAAUACUUUCUGAGGCACAGUUUAUAACACUAAUAUACAAAACAUUAGGAACACCUGCUCUUUCCAUGACAUAGACUGACCAGGUGAAUCCAGGUGAAAGCUAUGGUCCCUUAUUGAUAUCAUCUGUUAAAUCCACUUCAAUCAGUGUAGAUGAAGGGCAGGAGACAGGUUAAAUAAUUAUUUUUAAGCCUUGAGACAAUUGAGACAUGGAUUGUGUAUGUGUGCCAUUCAGAGGGUGAAUGAACGGGGUAUGGUAGUAGGUGCCAGUCGCACUGGUUUGAGUGUGUCAAGAACUGCAACGCUGCUGGGUUUUUCACACUCAGCAGUUUCCCAUGUGUAUCAAAGAUGGUCCACCACCCAAAGGACAUCCAGCCAAUGGCGGGCCAGUGGUUGAAAACAGGUCAUUGAUGAAAGAGGACAAAGGAGGCCAGCACGAAUUGUGCAGAGCAACAGAUGGACUACAGUUAGUCAACUGACAGUCCAGUACAACAUUGAUACCCAAAAACCCAUAAAAGAAUGCACAACUCGUCGUACAUUGACACAAAUGGGGUAUGGCAGCCGACAACCUUAGAGUUCCACUUCUUUCAGCAAAAAACAAGAAACUGCGAUUGCAGUGGGCUAAGGAACGAAAACACUGGAGAAUUGGAAAAACGUUGCCUGGUCUGAUGAAUCCCGGUUCCUGCUGUUUUACGCUGAAGGGAUGAGUACAUGCAUCCACCAUGGCGCGUGUCAACAUUGCAGGCUGAUGGUGUGGGGUGUAUUUCUAUGGCACACAUUGGGACCUCUUGAUAAAAGUGGAGCAGUGUUUGAAUGCCACAGGAUAUCGGAACAUCAUUGCCAAUCAGGUGCGUCCUUUCAUGGCAGCAUUGUAUCCAUCUGCAAAUUGUUUUUUUCAGCAGGAUAAUAGAGACCCACAGUGGCGGUGUCAUAAUACCCAUAAAACCUAGCGGUCAAACAGGGAAACGAUUCCAAUAGUUUUUCCACCAUUCAUUUUUCCCAUAUGGGAUUUUAGAAACACUCCAAAUAAGUGCUGUGUUUUGUGUAGGCUUACCCUGGCGUGACGUUUUGAUAACUAUGUAAAUCUCUCUUGGACAUGGUGAGUUUUAUUAAUAUAUUCGGCUCGAUUUACUCUCAGAUUCUAAAAUGCUAAUUAACAUCAAAGUAGACAUUCAUGCAAAACUACAAAUCCCUGCAAGCUCCUGGGUGUCAUAUCUAGCAGACCCCUUUGCUAACAGGUGUUGUGUCCAUUUAAAACUUGCACAAGACCGUUCACAGAAUUCUCCAUUUAAAGAAAUGUGGCCAAUUUAUUCAUUUCUACAUUUACCUUUGCCUUGAUUUGACAGUCUCGUCCAGAUCAUCAUGGCAUUUGUAGUUCUUUUGUUCACAUUAGCAGCUAAUUAGCAUAUCAUUUAUGGGGGGUAAAUACAUGCGAAUAUAUUGAUAAAGUCACCUUGUCCUAGAGAUUUACACAGUUAUCAAAACGUCAUGCCAGGAUAAGCUUACACGAAACACAGCCCUUAUUUUAAGUGUUUCUAAAAUCCCCUAUGGGAAGAUUGAAAAUGAACAACAAUUGGAACCAUUUCACUGUUUAACUGCUAGGUUUUAAGGGUAUUAUGACUCAUACUGUCAUACUCUAUGCCCCAUGCCACAAGGCUAGGGUUGUCCAGGAAUGGUUACGCGAACAUGACAGUGAAUUCAGCUAACUGCAGUGGCCUGCCCAGUUACCAGAUCUCAAUCGAAUUUAGCAUCUGUGGGAUGAGAUGGAACGAGCUAUUCGGAGUAGAGAUCCACUACCAGCCGACUUGACACAACUGUGAGAAGCGUUGGAGUCGACAUGGGCCAGCAUCCCUGUGGAAUGCUUUCGACACCUUGUUGAGUCCAUGCCCCAUGUAAUAGAGACUGUUCUGAGGGCAAAGGGGGGUGCAACUCAAUAUUAGGAAGGUGUUCCUAAUGUUUUGUACACUCAGAGUAUCUUUGGUUAGAUAAGUAUUCAACCCCCUGAGACAAUACAUGUUAGAAUCACCUUUGGCAGUGAUUACAGCUGUGAGUCUUUCUGGCUAAGUCUAAGAGCUUUCCACACCUGGAUUGUGCAACAUUUGCCCAUUAUUCUUUUCAGAAUUCUUCAAGCUCUGUCAAAUUGGUUGUUGAUCAUUGCUAGACAAACAUUUUCAGGUCUUGCCAUAGAUUUUCAAGCAUAUUUAAGUCAAAACUCUAACUCGACCACUCAGGAACAUUCACUGUCUUCUGGUAAUCAACUCCAGUGUAGAUUUGGCCUUGUGUUUUAGGUUAUUGUCCUGCUGAAGGGUGAAUAUAUAUAUAUAUAUAUAUAUAUAUAUCUCCCAGUGUCUAGUGGAAAGCAGACUGAACCAGGUUUUCCUCUAGGAUUUUGCCUGUGCUUAGCUCCAUUUCGUUUCUUUUUUAUCCUAAAAAAACUCCCUGUCCUUAACGAUUACAAGCAUACCCAUAACACCAGUAUGCUUGAAAAUAUGGAGAGUGUUACUGUGUUAUGUUUGGGGCAAAUCCAAUACAACACUUUUUGUAUUCAGGACAAAAUGUUAAUUGCUUUGCCACAUUUUUUACACUUACUUUAGUGUCUUGUUGCAAACAGGAUGCAUGUUUUGGAAUAUGGCUUACUUAUUUUCACUCUGUGAAUUAGGUUAGUAUUGUGGAGUAACGACAAUGUUGUUAAUCCAUCCUCAGUUUUCUCCUAUCACAGCCAUUAAACUCUUAACUGUUUUAAAGUCACCAUUGGCCUAAUGGUCGAAAUCCCUGACAGGUUUCCUUCCUCUCCGGCAACUGAGUUAGGAAGGACGCCUGUAUCUUUGUAGUGACUGGGUGGAUUGAUACAUCUUCCAAAGUGUAAUUAAUAACUUCACCAUGCUCAAAGGGAUAUUCAAUGUCUGCUUUUUUCUUUUGUUUUUACACCCAUCUACAAAUGGGUGCCCUUCUUUGUGAGGCAUUGGAAAACCUCCCUGGUCUUUGUGGUUAAAUCGGUGUUUGAAAUUCACUGCUCGACUGAGGGACCUUACAGAUAAUUGUAUGAGUGGGGUACAGAGAUAAGGUAGUCAUUCAAAAAUCAUGUUAAACACUAUUAUUCCAUGCAAGUUAUGUGACUUGUUAAGCAAAUGUUUUACUCCUGAAUGUAUUUAGGCUUGCCAUAACAAAGGGGUUGAAUACUUAUUGACUCAAGACAUUUGAUUUUCUAUAAAUUUUUAAAGAAAAUGGAAAAACUGGAAUAUUUUUUUUUCUCAAUUUCAAUUUCUCUGCUGGAAUAAAAGGUAAUGGUUCCAGAGAAUCACCAUGUCUUGAAAAACAUAAUUCCACUUUGACAUUAUGGGGUAUUGUGUGUAGGCCAGUGACCAAAAAACUCAAUUUAAUCCGUUUUAAAUUCAGGCUGUAACACAACAAAACGUGGAAAACGUCAAGGUGUGUGAAUACUUUCUGAAGACACUUUAUAUUUGCCUUUGUUGAUAAAAUGAUCUUGAAGUAGAAAUGGUUGCUGACUAAAUCUUUUUGUUGUGCUUCAUCUCCUUAAUAUUUUAGAAGAUUAACUGGGAGGACUUAGCAGCUAAGAGGGUGCCCGCCCCGUUUAAGCCGGUGAUCAGGGAUGAGCUGGAUGUCAGCAACUUUGCGGAGGAGUUCACAGAAAUGGACCCCACCUACUCCCCUGCAGCUCUGCCUCAGAACUGUGACCGCAUCUUUCAGGUGUGUGUGUGUUAGAUGGACCCCACCUACUCCCCUGCAGCUCUGCCUCAGAACUGUGACCACCUUUUUCUGUUUUUUGACAAUGCAUCUUUCAGAUGGGGUGGGAAGUGUUUGAUUAUGCUUUUUAAUACAGACCAAAUUGUCAAAUGAUGUUUAAUUUAGUUAAACUUCAACAUUAUUUUCUUUACAUUCAAUGUAAACUCUUUGAAGUGUGGUAGAUGGUGUCACAGAUGACGCAGUUUCUAUGUAUGUCUUUGACUCCUCAGCUAUUGACAUUGUUUAGAAAAUCCUCAAUAUGAGCACGUCUGUGUGUACAUUGGUAUUCAAAUUGACUAAAGGGCUUUUCAUUCAAGGCGUAUAAUUAUAGCCAUAUACAGUUCUGAUGGACCUAACAGAUGUGAAUGACUAUUUAUGCUAUAGCUUUGAACCAUAAUGUGUCCCAGAGCCCCUAUUCACAAAGCAUCUCGGAGCAUGAGUGCAGAUCGAGGAUCAAUUUUGGUCUUUUAGAUCAUAAUUAUAUGGACGGAGGGACCUGAUCCUAGAUCUGCACUGAGACGCUUUAUGAAUACAGCUGUAUGCCAGCUUUUGGUUGAGUGUUUGAUUGAUGUAGGCUAUUGCGCAAAAUCUCAGCUGUGAUUGCCAUGCCUUCUGGCUCCUCGAGUCUGGCUGAUCAAUAGGCCCAUUAUAAGGCCUUCUCUCUUUUUCUCUGCUGGAAUAAAAGGUUAUGGUUCCAGAGAAUCACCAUGUCUGCCUCAAUUACGCCUUAAACCUAUGAUUGCCAACUUCAUCUUGGCUUGUUUUAUUUCAUGCCCGCAGCCCGACUUUCACAUAUACUAGAAUUUGUAGGCUAGUCUUUAUAAUUUGAAGCCAGGCCUUAGCAAUUGCGUUAGAUAGAGAUAACGUCUGCUAUCACAACUUUUAACUCUGGGGUCUGCUCUCCCGCCUCACAAAACAAAAUGAAAUUGCAUUACAGCCCCGACGAGAUGUAAUUUCACAGCAGCGCAAUCAGAUGCCUGGCAAUUAGGGUGUUCUCAUGCAUCCAUCCCCAUUCAUCCAUCCAUCCUUCCGUCCAUCCAUGGCUCUUACUCUGCAUGCAUGCCACGCAGCUGUGUGUGUGUGUGUGUGUCUGUUAGCGAGCUCUGGGCCCUUCACAGCUGGAACCAGGCAGCACAUCCCAAUCCCAUCAUAGAUGACAGUUCUAACAAUAAGCACAGAUGGACCACCAAUGAAUGGCAGCCAUUGUCACGCUCACUCCAGUUGUUACAGGAUUGACAGGUUAUAAUGUAAUUAUUGAGUGAAAUAAACAUUGCAUGCCUUUUCAGUAAAAUUAAGAAAACAACUUCAUAAGUAUUGCAAUUCAGAGUUGAACACAACCUAAUCUACUUUGGUGUGGAUGGCCUGUUUGUACAUCCACCAUAGUUGCUGAAAAGGACGUCCCAGGUAAGCUCUAUAAUGUGAAGGGUAUACCAAUCUCUUUCCUGUGCUUCAUAUGACCAGGUAUAUUAUAUUAAACCCCCUCUUGUUAUGUAUGUGUCCUUUGUGCAGGGCUACUCGUUCAUGGCCCCCUCCAUCCUGUUCAAGUGGAAUGCUGUGAUGGACGACACACUACAGCUGUGUGGAGGAUCAGGGUCAGAGAGGCCGGGGUCUGCUGCUGUGGCCCGCAGCGCCAUGAUGAAGGUACACCCCUGUGUGUGUGUGUGUGUGUGUGUGUGUGUGUGUGUAGUACAGUUAGAUGGGUAGGGUUGUAUUUAUUCCCUCCACAUAAACACACUUUGCCUAAUAGCUUAGCUGGAGCCACUAAGAAAUAGGAGUUUUCUCCCUAGAGCAGCGCUUACUUUCAGUUGUUUAUGAGGUUUUUGCAUCAGUAUUUUCAGGUUUCAGUCCUUCCAGGAGAGAAUAGUUUAGCUACUAUAUUUUUAGAUUAUAUUUUCAGUUUCAGGUGUGAUGAAGACUAGUUAGCGAGUGAUAAUGGCGUUAUGAAAACAGCGUUCUUUGUAAAUUUGAUAAGAAAAUCUUCUCUUUAGGACUCUCUGUUCUAUAUGAACUAUGAGAUGAACCUGAAGGACAAUGCUCUGGGCGAAGGCAGUUUCUCUAUCUGUAGGCAGUGCACCCACAAGAAGACUGGACAGAAUUACGCUGUGAAAAUCGUCAGCAAGAGGUACUGUACCAUAGGCUAGCCUGGUCCCAGAUCUGUUUGCGCUGUAUGGCCAGCUCAUACGCUAUGGUGAUUGUCAUGCCAAACUGUACCAGCUGGAGCUCACUGAUGUGUGUUUAUUGGGAGUUGGCUAGCUAACUAGAUAAGGCCAUACACAUUGUAUUCUUUUUUUUUUAAAGAAGAAGAAAAAAGUAGACCCCUUGUUAAAAUACUACAGCAACCUUAGUUCAACACCUAGCAACCUAAUCAAGAUAUUUUAGCAUCUUGGGAAGGCUAAAAUAGGCAUAGUUCAGCCAUAAUCCAAGAGGAAGUUGUAUGUCACUUCACUGGAAACUUGAGGACAUUAUAUCCCAUCGAUGCCCCCUCGACUGAACAUGCAUGACACAGCCUUUCCAGCCCAAACUGCCACAAUUUCAUCCCAAGCUGACUUUCAAUCGGCAUCAUUUCAAUUUUUUGUUUGUUGUUUUACUUUUUAUACUAUUUGAGAUUCUUUGAAAAGCGCUAUACAAGUUCAAAAAUGUAUCUAUAAUUGCAAUUUUUCAGUACAACUUUUCAAUUUUUCUGAUUUAAAUAAAACAAUCAUUUUGGAGAAAAGAUGUAGCGAGACAUCCGUUAAACAUUUAAUUUACAUUUGGAUGCUCUCACUCUGUGACAUCAAUUCCAGGCCAGCAGACCUCGCAGGAGACUGGAGGCUGCUGUGAGGCUGCUGGAGGCUACUGGUUGGCUGCUGGAGGAUGAAGUGUGCUAACACUUCCCUUUAGUGGUGACACUGAACUUACGGCGAUGACACUGUGUGACAGGUGCAUAUAUGACAGGUGACACCUUCUGAUGACACUUUGCGUCUCUCCCAUGUCCCCUCUAGGAUGGAGGCCCAGACACAGAAAGAGAUUGCAGCUCUGAAGCUCUGCGAUGGCCACCCCAACAUCGUCAAGACUCAUGAGAUAUACCAUGACCAGGUACGUUUUUUUUAUUUAACCUUAUCUAUACAGGUUAGUCUCAUUUAGAUCAAAUCUAUUUUGUAAGAAACGCCUGUUAUGUUUGCUAUCAGAUGGUGUGUUCUGGUUAGAAAUAUUACAUUUUAGUCAUUUAGCAGACACUCACUGGAUUUAAUAAUAAUAAUAAUAAUAUGCCAUUUAGCAGACACUUUUAUCCAAAGCGACUUAGUCAUGUGUGCAUUUUUACGUAUGGGUGGUCCCGGGGAUCGAACCCACUACCCUGGCGUUACAAGCGCCAUGCUCUACCAAUUGAGCUACAGAGGACCACAAUUUAACUGAAGUAGGCAAAACAACCACAUAUUUUCAUUGAACUCUUAUUUAUACAGGUUAUUUUCAUUGAGAUAAAAUCUAUUUUACAAGAGAGACCUGAUAUAACAAGCAUUGGAAACAAAAGCCCAUCUUCAGAAAUAGCCACUUUCUGACAGAACCAGUGAUUGUAAGACGAGACCAACGGCAGACAGGCAGCCUUAUUAAGUCAGAAGUGGAACAGAGCAGAUGAAUGUGGAAGCUAGAUUCCUCCUGGGACAUUCUCCAUCUCCCUCUGUUCUCGCCUUCAUAUCGUCCUAUAAUAAACACUACACCCCCAUAUUUCAGAUUGUAUAUACUGUAUUUUACUGCAGCACAACAGCUGAACCACAUACGGGCACAUCCACUAUAGGUAUAGAUUAAUUAAACCUACAUGGAACAUAUUUCAUGUCUGUAUGUGGGCCUUUAGAUCUCAUGAAGGAUUUGCGCUUAGUGAGAGAAAAUACAAAUUGCUCCAAAUCGGGUCAAACAAGUCUGUGUGUGUGUGUUUCUGUGGAUGGCUGAUAUUGGCCAUGUUCAUUAUCUGGGGCCCUUCAGGCCUUGGAGCAGCACUGUAGCACUGAGCUCUGCUGGGUUGUUACUGUACUGUACCUCAGAGAGGGCUCAAUCCCAAAUGGUACCAUAUUUCCUUUUAAAGUACAUUACUUUUGACUAGAGCCCUGGUUAAAAGUAUUGCACUAUAAAAUGAAUAGGGUGUCAUUUAGGAUUCAGCCAGACAGAGGGCUGUUAACUAGAUCAAAGCAGAGCUGCCUCGCUGCGGCUCUCCUCUCCCCUCCUCUCCCAAUCUGCGUUCCAAUUCUACACCUUUCUCCCAAAGUGUGCACUUGCACACUCCCCGUCCAUUGGGACACAGACUACCUUGCAUGGAGAAUUGGGACAUAGCCAAUGGUGUCCAAGUGCAUACUUUGGGAGAAGGGUGGAGAAUUGGGAUGCAGCCCACCUCCCAGCUCCUUCCAUCUCUCUUGUCUUUGUUCCCCAGUUCCAGCACUAAUGAGAAAGCCUAUUCUACUCUACCCGGCUGCAGUGCCAGACAGACUCGGCCACAUUAUUCUCUACCCACUUUAUCAGGGUCCUUUCACUUCAGCCACUCUGUUCUGGUUUCAUCUCGCCAUCACUGUGAGAGCUGUAUUGUUAUUAGGAUAUGUAUCAUACAAUAUAGAAAUGUGGAUUCGGGGUUUCUACCGUUUCAAUUUCCCAAACAAUUUCAUCUAUUGUAUAACAACAACCUUGGAUCAGAGCAAUCGAUCACAUUAACUCAAUAAAGCAUGACGUUUCCUACUUCAUAUGACCUCAAUAUUUUUUGAAGUUUCGAAAUACAGUAUAUAUAUGGAUAUUUACAUUCGUAUAGGAUCUAUGAAUAGUUGGUAAACAUGACUGUAAGGCUCUCUCUGGAGACCCUAUGGAUUGAAUGUGUGGUGUGUGUCUAACUUUCUGUGUGUCUGUGUUUCUCCCCACCCCCUCUCCCCUCCAGCUGCAUACGUACCUGGUGUUGGAGCUGCUGCGUGGUGGGGAGCUGCUGGAGAGGAUCCGGAGGAAGCAGCACUUCAGUGAGACAGAGGCCAGUCGCAUCAUGAGGAGACUGGUGUCAGCCGUCAGCCACAUGCACGAUGUAGGGGUGGUGCACAGGGACCUCAAGCCAGAGGUACUACUCAGGAGAGAAUGACUGCCCUUUGUCAUUGAAGCCACAGAAGUUCAAGGCCGACAGCGGUACUGCCUGCAUUGUUAGCAGAAAACAGGAUCCCCCAUUAUAGGGAAUGGAAAAAUGGCGAUCUUCGUGUUCAAUCUUUGUGUAAAUAAAAUAAAAAAUCGAAGACAAUCAUGGUACCAAUAAUUGCUUCUAAUACACCAAAUGUAUGUCCUUGAACCAGUUAUUUGAAAAUCGCACACUGAAGAAGUUAUAAGGAUAAUUUAGUUGCUAAUGGCAGCCUGCAGCACCACGGUCGGCCUUCAACUUGACUUACUUAAUGAGGGGGCGUAACUGAGCUAGCCUGUAACGUCACUUUAUUUAUUUAUUUUUAUUUAUUUUAUUUCACCUUUAUUUAACCAGGGAAGCCAGUUGAGAACAAGUUCUCAUUUACAACUGCGACCUGGCCAAGAUAAAGCAAAGCAGUGCGAUUAAAAACAACACAGAGUUACAUAUGGGGUAAAACAAACAUAAAGUCAAAAAUACAACAGAAAAUAUAUAUACAGUGUGUGCGAAUGUAGUAAAUUAUGGAGGUAAGGCAAUAAAUAGGCCAUAGUGCAAAAUAGUUACCAUUUCGUAUUAACACUGGAAUGAUAGAUGUGCAAAAGAUGAUGUGCAAAUAGAGAUACUGGGGUGCAAAUUAGCAAAAUAAAUAACAAUAUGGGGAUGAGGUAAUUGGGUGGGCUAAUUUCAGAAUGGCUGUGUACAGGUGCAGUGAUCGGUAAGCUGCUCUGACAACUGAUGCUUAAAGUUAGUGAGGGAGAUAAGUGUCUCCAGCUUCAGAGAUUUUUGCAGUUCGUUCCAGUCAUUGGCAGCAGAGAACUGGAAGGAAUGGCGGCCAAAGGAGGUGUUGGCUUUGGGGAUGACCAGUGAGAUAUACCUGCUGGAGUGCAUACUACGGGUGGGUGUUGCUAUGGUGACCAAUGAGCUAAGAUAAGGCGGGGAUUUGCCUAGCAGUGAUUUAUAGAUGACCUGGAGCGAGUGGGUUUGGCUACGAAUAUGUAGUGAGGGCCAGCCAACAAGAGCGUACAGGUCACAAUGGUGAGUAGUAUAUGGGGUUUUGGUGACAAAAUGGAUGGCACUGUGAUAGACUACAUCCAAUUUUCUGAGUAGAGUGUUGGAGGCUAUUUUGUAAAUGACAUCGCCGAAGUCAAGGAUCGGUAGGAUAGUCAGUUUUACGAGGGCAUGUUUGGCAGCAUGAGUGAAGGAGACUUUGUUGCGAAAUAGGAAGCAGAUUCUAGAUCUAACUUUUGAUUGGAGAUGCUUAAUGUGAGUCUGGAAGGAGAGUUUACAGUCUAACCAGACAGCUAGGUAUUUGUAGUUGUCCUCAUACUCUAGGUCAGACCCGCCGAGAGUAGUGAUUCUAGUCAGGUGGGCGGGUGCAAGCAGCGUUCGGUUGAAGAGCAUGCAUUUAGUUUUACUAGUGUUUAAGAGCAGUUGGAGGUUACGGAAGGAGUGUUGUAUAGCGUUGAAGCUCGUUUGGAGGUUUGUUAACACAAUGUCCAAUGAAGGGCCAGAUGUAUACAAAAUGGUGUCGUCCGCAUAGAGGUGGAUCCGAGCGUCACCAGCAGCAAGAGCGACAUCAUUGAUAUACACAAAGAAUAGAGUCGGCCCAAGAAUUGAACCCUGUGGCACCCCCAUAGAGACUGCCAGAGGUCCAGACAACAGGCCCUCCAAUUUUACACAUUGAACUCUAUCUGAGAAGUAGUUGGUGAACCAGGCAAUGCAGUCAUUUGAGAAACCAAGGCUAUUUAGUCUGCCAAUAAGAAUGCGGUGGUUGACAGAGUCGAAAGCCUUGGCCAGGUCGAUGAAGACGGCUGCACAGUACUGUCUUUUAUCGAUCGCGGUUAUAAUAUCGUUUAGGACCUUGAGCGUGGCUGAGGUGCACCCAUGACCAGCUCGGAAACCGGAUUGCAUAGCGGAGAAGGUACGGUGGGAUUCGAAAUGGUCGGUGAUCUGUUUGUUAACUUGGCUUUCAAAUACUUUCGAAAGGCAGGGCAGGAUGGAUAUAGGUCUAAACUUCCUGGAGUAGCUCAAACUGCGCAUAUUAUGUCUCCAUGAGACUCCAUCUUAACCAACUUAAUUUGACUUCAAUGCGCUAUUGAGUCUUCACAUAGGAGUGAAUGGUGUCAAGUAAUCGAUGGCUUUCUCCAUUUAUAUAUGCAGUCAUUGGUACUACUCAAACUCCUAGGCUGCUCCCAGACCUGUGGUCCUCUGUAGCUCAGUUGGUAGAGCAUGGCGCUUGCUACACCAGGAUAGUGGGUUUGAUUCCCAGGACCACCUGUAUGUAAAAUGUGUGCAUGAGUUUAGUCGCGUUGGAUGAAAUCAUCUGCAAAAUGGCAUAUUAUCUUUAUGGGCUGGCUAUACUGCGCAAACAGAUCUGGGAUCAGGCUAUUGAACCCCUAGGUAAUAAAGAACUAGAGGGACAAUCCCAAUUGAUCCUGAUAAUCUGUAUGUAUGACCUAGCUAUAUACAGUGCAUUCAGAAAGUAUUCUGACCUCUUGACUUUUUCCACAUUUUGUUACGUUACAGCCUUAUUCUUAAAUGGAUUAAAUUGUUUUUUUCCCUCAUCAAUCUACACACAAUACCCGAUAAUGACAAAGCAAAAACAGGUGUAGACAUUUUUGCAAAUGUAUUACAAAUAAAAAAACAAAUAUAACAUUUACAUAAGUAUUCAGACCCUUUACUCAGUACUUUGUUGAAGCACCUUUGGCAGCGAUUACAGCCUCGAGUGACGCUACAAGCUUGGCAUACCUGUAUUUGGGGAGUUUCUCCCAUUCUUCUCUGCAGAUCCUCUCAAGCUCUGUCAGGUUGGAUGGGGAGCAUCGCUGCACAGCUAUUUUCAGGUCUCUCCAGAGAUGUUUGAUCGGGUUCAAGUCCGGGCUCUAGCUGGGCCACUCGAGGACAUUCAGAGACUUGUCCCAAAGCCACUUCUGCGUUUUCUUGGCUGUGUGCUUAGGGUCGUUGUCCUGUUGGAAGGUGAACCUUUGCCCCAGUCUGAGGUCCUGAGCGCUCUGGAGCAGGUCUUCAUCAUGGAUCUCUGUACUUUGCUCCGUUCAUCUUUCCCUUGAUCCUGACUAGUCUCCCAGUCCCUGCCGCUGAGAAACAUCCCCACAGCAUGAUGCUGCCACCACCAUGCUUCACCGAAGGGAUGGUGCCUUGUUUCUACUGGUCAGAGUCCUUUAUGGGCCUUUUGGCAAACUCCAAGUGGGCUGUCGUGCCUUUUACUGAGGAGUGACUUCCAUCUGGCCACUCUACCAUAAAGGCCUGAUUCGUGGAGUGCUGCAGAGAUGAUUGUCCUUCUGGAAGGUUCUCCCAUCUCCACAGAGGGGCCAUCGGGUUCUUGGUCACCUCCCUGACCAAGGCCCUUCUCCCCAGAUUGCUCAGUUUGGCUGGACGGCCAGCUCAAGGAAGAGUCCAAACUUCUUCCAUUUAAGAAUGAUGGAGGCCACUGUGUUCUAGGGGACCUUCAAUGCUACAGAAAUGUUUUGGUACCCUUCCCCAGUUCUGUGCCUCAACACAAUCCUGUCUCGGAGCUCUACGGACAAUUCCUUCGACCUCAUGGCUUGGUUCUUGCUCUGACAUGCACUGUCAACUGUGGGACCUUAUAUAGACAGGUGUGUGCCUUUCCAAAUCAUGUCCAAUCAGUUGAAUUUACCACAGGUGGACUCCAAGUUGUAGAAACAUCUCAAGGAUGAUCAAUGGAAACAGGAUGCACCUGAGCUCCAUUUCGAGUCUCAUAGCAAAGGGUCUGAAGGUAUUUCUGUUUUUUAUUUUUAAUACAUUUGCACAAAAAAAUAGCCUGUUUUUGCUUUGUCAUUCUGGGGUAUUGUGUGUAGAUUGAUGAGGACAUUUUUUAUUUAAUCCAUUUUAGAAUAAGGCUGUAACGUAACAAAGUGGAAAAGGGGAAAGGAUCUGAAUACUUUCCGAAAGCGCUGUACAUGUUAGUUGCAUAUGAAUAGAAUAUAGCGAUCAAAGGCUUGAAUGAAGCAUGAUAUCUUUCUUUAUGUUUAUUUUCUCCAUCUGGCCAAAUGGAACUGAAGCUGGCACUUCAAAAGUGGUGCAUCUCAUCUUUCCUGUCAUUAAUGGACUAGAAAUGGUAACGGGUGUGUCGUUAUGAGAUUGUAAUUAUGCAUUCAAAUAGACUCUGGAGAAAUAACAGAAACAUGUUUCUCUCUUGAAACCCUGUUCAGAACUUGCUAUUCACAGAUGAGAGUGAGAACUCGGAGAUAAAGAUCAUAGACUUUGGUUUCGCCCGACUGAAGCCCCCAGACAACCAGCUGCUGAAGACGCCGUGUUUCACCCUGGCCUACGCCGCGCCAGAGAUCCUCAAAUACGACGGCUACGACGAGUCAUGUGACCUCUGGAGCCUGGGGGUCAUCCUGGUGAGUGGUGAGUGAAGGUGGUACAGAGAAGGUGUGAAUCCUUAUACCCUUAAUGCAUUGGAGGAGAAGAGCCAAGGUUCCUUCCCUUAGAACUUCUCCUCCAAUGUGUUUUGAGAAGGAUGUCAGGGAGUCAAGGAAUCAAGGAACAAUUGUUUCGUUUCACCCAGUGAGAGAGAGGGCUGCCCAGUUCAAAAUCCAACCUUAGCCUCUAUCUAUACCAAAAGCUGCACUUCUCGUAGAUCUGGUAUUUCAUUGAUUUGAUACAGCUACAGAAAUUCGAGCUUGAUUCAGCAGUUGUAUGUUGGAGUUUGUCGAGGCCAUUCACAAGGGGAGCUGUUCCGGUGUUCUCGGUAUCCUAUGUUAUGUGGUUAGGGCCUGUCUGAUACCCAUCUCUGUUUUAUUCAGUACAGCUAACAUGCUUCUGUUCUGUUGUGUCCGGUGGUGUGCUGUGCUGCUGACACACUUCAAUAUUCACCCCUAACCCAAGAUCUACCAGCGGCACUAAGCUUUAUUUAUACAGCACAUUUCAGACAUGAAUGCAACACAGUGCGCUUCACAGGAAAAAACAUAAGUAAAAAACGAUUAGAAUAAAAACAGGAAUGUUUACUACACAACAAACAUAAGAGGAUGCAAAACUAAAGAAUAACAGUAAAAACUGAAAGACAAAAAGAAAGCACCCUAAGGAUAAGCAAAGCUAAAAAGUAGCGUUUUAACAUCUCUUUUAAUUAUGUCCACACUUUCGGCCCCCCUCAGGUUCUCUGGCAGGCUAUUCCAGGGGCUGGGCGCAUAGUAACUAAAGGCUGCCUCUCCAUGCCUCUUGGUCCUAGGCUUUGGGAUAGUUAAAAGGCCAGUGCCAGAGGAUCUGAGUGACUUACUGGGUACAUACCUCAAAAGCAUGUCUGAUAUGUAUUGGGGUGCUCAAUCGUGGAUUGAUUUACAAACCAAUAGAAUCAUCUUAAAAUGUAUUCUAAAACUCCAGUGCAGAGACUUUACAACCUGUGUAAUGGGUGCUCUCCGUCUGGUCUUGGUCAUACAUUUACAUUUUACAUUUUAGUCAUUUAGCAGACGCUCUUAUCCAGAGCGACUUACAGGAGCAUUUAGGGUUAAGUGCCUUGCUUAAGGGCACAUCGACAGAUUUUUCACCUAGUCGGCUCGGGGAUUAGAACCAGCGACCUUUCGGUUACUGGCACAACGCUCUUACCCACUAAGCUACCUGCCGCCAGUACCCGUGCUGUAGCAUUCUGUAUGUUUUGCAGUUGACCAAUGGCUUUCUUGGGUAGACCAGACAGGAGAGCGUUACAGUAGUCAAGCCUUCUUGUAAUAAUGAGUCUCUCUGUAUCAGCCUGAGAUGGAAACGGCCGCACCAUGGCAAUGUUCCUCAAGUGGAAAAAAACGUAUUUUGGUCACAUUCUUAAUGUGUGUUUCGAAAUGGAGUUCAGAAUCUAAAAUGACACCUAGGUUUUUUACCUGGUGUUUUAUCUUUAUUUCCCGUGAAUUAAAAAUGUGCGGCCAGAUUCUCUCUCUGUGCUUUGGCUCCAAUAAUAAGUACCUUGGUCUUGUCUUGAUUUAGCUGGAGGACGUUGUGAGCCAUCCAAGUAUUUAAAUCACUAAAACAGUCUAAUAAUCUGUGGAGAUAAAAUCCUCUGGUGACACAAAUGUAAAGUUAUGUAUCGUCUGCGUAGCAUUGAAAAUCAAUGCUGUGCUUUGUGAUAACGCUGCCAAGGGGUAACAUAUAUAAACUGAACAGUACCAGACCCAAAAUCGAACCUUGUGGAACGCCACAAGUGAUAUCUAUUUUCUCUUGAGUUAUGUUCACCAAUGUUGACAAAAAAACUCUCGACCGGCCAUAGGCCUAGCCAGAGCAGAGCGGGUUAAGGCUACAGUAUGAGGUUUGGGAAGCUUUUCAAUGGUCAUUUCAAUUGUUAAUUUUUAUCAUAACCCAAAAUAUGAGGUUUUCUUACUCCCUUGUUUACAAACAAGAAGAAUGUAAACAAAUGAUGUAUUGCGUCAAAAGAUGGUUAAACGAUCUCUUGGAUGUAACGGACUGUCAGCCUUUUCAUGUAAAGCACUGUCUAUGAAUAGCCCCAUCCCUCAGCUGAUUUUGUUGUUUUUUGAAUCGCAGGCUUUUCUGUGGCCAUAUGAGGCUGAGGCAUUGCUUCCUGCCAGCGGAAAUGUCAAUGGUCCUCUGAAGAGAAUGAGAAUUAAGAGGAGAGGUAGAGAGAGAGAGAGUGAGGGAAAGAGAGAGGGAGGGAUGGAUGGAUGGAGAGAGAGUGUGAUAGGAAAGAGAGCGAGAUGAGGGGUGAGAGAGAGGAAGGAGAAGAGAGAGGAAGAGAGAUUUCUCCGCUUGGCCUCUCAAGCGUGCAGCCUCAGUCCCCUCUCUCUCUCUCUCUCUCUCUCUCUCUCUCUCUCUCUCUCUCUCUCUCUCUCUCUCUGCGUUUGCCCCUGGGGGUAGAGUAUAGUAGUGUGCUGGCUGUGUGUACAGAGCUGUGAUGUGAUGCUUCCUGACAGGCCAGGCUCUGUACAACAGAGUGCCCUGGAAGCAUAGCAAGCCGAGGAGAGGACACCACAGAGCCAGAGACAGACAGACAGACAUGCACUGCCAAAACGGCUGUUGUUUAAUGAGGUAUUAGAAACUAGGCCAACUUUAAUCAGGCUUAGAUCAAGUGAGAGUACACCUAGUACCUGACUUAAUUAGCUCAGGCACGGUUUAAAGAUGUGUAGACCUGCAUGGACACCAUGUAUACACAAUAUCAACAUAUAGGCUACAUGUAGGAUUCCACAAUAUUAAUAUGGAUUAUAUUAUUACAUUGGAUCAUAUAUUUAUUAUUAUGUAGUAUUAUUAUUAUUAUUAUUAUAUUCCAGUACACCAUGCUGUCGGGCCAGGUGCCGUUCCAGUGCCAGGGGAAGAGUCUGACCCACACCAGCGCUGAAGAGAUCAUGAAGAAGAUUAAACAGGGAGACUUCUCCUUCGAGGGAGAGGCCUGGAGGAGUGUCUCACAGCAGGCCAAGGACCUCAUACAAGGUGAGCCUGGGAGGUGGAGAUGAGGGAGAUUAAACAUCAGGGGGGUUGAUAUGAUACCAACUUCAGGCAUUCUUUGCUACAAGGUGAAGGUUGACCUCCUCUAGUGUGCAGCGGGUCUUUGGUGCUGCUACUCACCAGCGGUUGUGUCUGUAAUGUUCACCAGGUGUCUGUCUGGUCCAGGGCUCUCCAACCCUGUUCCUGGAGAGCUACCGCCCUGUAGGUUUUCGUUCCAACCCUAAUCUAGCACACCUGAUUCUAAUAAUUAACUGUUUGAUAAGCUGAAUCCAAAUGGCUGAAUCAGGUUUGUUACAACUGGGGUCGGAGAGAACCUACAGGAGGGUAGCUCUCCAGGAAUGGGGUUGGAGAGCCCUGGUCUGGUCUUUUCCCCCAGAGCUGCUGUAUUGACAUACAUAUACAAUAUUAGUGCUUGUAAUAUCCAUCAUUGGUGUGGUACCUAUAGAGCUGCUGACAGUGGACCCUGACAAGCGGAUCAAGAUGUGUGGUCUGAGGUACAACGCCUGGCUCCAAGACGACAGCCAGCUCUCCUCCAACCCUCUGAUGACACCAGACAUCCUGGGCUCCUCCACCACUGUGUCCGUACACACCUACGUCAAGGCUACCUUCAACGUGAGCUUUAUUCAUUCAAUCAGGAGGGGGGAGGGCAUGGUGAGAGUGAAUGGCAGGUUUGCAUUAGAGGAGGCAAGGAGAGAAUAUCCCCGUUUCACUUGUCAUCAGUUCUUCCAAAGGGGAUGGGGUGAUGGUGAGGGCGGGUAUAAAUCCUUUCAUGUUUUUUAGCCUCGUGAAUGUGUUUAUUGUAGUUUACUGUUGUUCAUUUGUUGUUGUUUGUAUUUAUUAUGGAUCCCCAUUAGCUGCCAAGGCAGCAGCUACUCUUCCUGUUGUUUUUAUUGUGGUCUUGGGUUCUGCUUCUCCAGGCGUUCAACAAGUGUAAGCGGGAGGGUUUCCGUCUGCAGACGGUGGACAAGGCCCCGCUGGCCAAGAGGAGGAAGAUGAAGAAGACCAGCACCAGCACAGAGACCAGGAGCAGCUCCGGUGAGAGCACCCACUCUUCCUCCUCCUCCUCCCAGUCUCACCAGGACACCCAGUCCUCCUCCCAGUCCCACCAGGAGAAGACAGGGGGAGACACCAACCCUCCACCCCAGCCCUCCAACACCACCCCUGUCACUACACCCCUCGCCCUGAGCUCAGACAGCGACCCUGUCCCGGAACGCCCUUGCCCUCCAGCCUUCCACUUCUCACAG